AUGGAAGGGCGGGAGUCCGUCAGCAACUGGUUGUACGGCCUGGGAGGAGCCCUGGUGCGACACGACUGUGAGAUCCCGGGUGGUGCUCUCACUGCACGUCUCCGAUUUGCCGCUUUGAGCAGCGCGGGAUUUGCGGGAACUCUGGUCGGCUCGGAGAUCUGGAGGCGGCAGCGGGGGUUUCCUACUCUGGAGUGCCGGGGUUGUGUGAAAGAUUCAAAGAACACUUUAGGAAGACCAUAUCCCAUGAAAGAUAAAGCUGACCCAAAACCCACUGAUGUGUUUGAUUUUCCUGAUAAUUCUGAUGUCUUAAGCAUUGACAAGCUGGGUGAAAAUGAGCAAGAUGAAGAGCCUUAUGAGGUCUUUGCUCCUCCUUUACAUAGCACUGCUAUAUAUGCUGAUGAAGAAGAAUUCUCCAAAGUAUGUGGAUCAUCUGUCCCUUCAACUCCUCAAGGAAAAGAAGCUGAAAGAAGUUUGAACAUUUCCGAAAAUGAAGCAAAUCAAAGUGAAUCUGUAAAAAAUAAUGCACAAGAGGUAGGAGGAAACCUCAAGCUUGUUACUGAUGACCGUGAAAGCAGACAAAGUAGUGAUGUGGCAAAACCAGAUAAACAAUAUGCAACAAAAGAUAAAACAAGUACACAACAGCAUAAAGCUAUUCCGGCUACAGUGUCUUCAGAACUCUCAGGGAAACCAGCUAAAUCAGUCACUCCUAAAAAAACAGGACACCUUAAUGCUCCAUCUUCUGUUGAAAAGGAGACCUGUGCAACAAAAAGGCAGCAGAAAGUCCAGAAAAGGAAGAAGAUAUCUCAUGGCAAAGAGAAGACAUCAAGAAGUAAAAAUCUAGACUCCUCAGAUAGUGACAUUUCCGAUCAUGUAAUUAUUUGGUGUGCAGAGGGAAAGAAAACCAGUGACCUCAUGGAAUUGGAUGUUGUUUUGUCUGCAUUUGAAAAAACUUCCUUAAAGUAUAAACAAAGAAUAGAAUCUAGAGUGUGUAAGGAAGCCAUCAACAAAUUUUACUAUAAUAUGAAAGAAGAACUCAUCAAACUGAUUAAAGAAGUCCAGGUGUUGAAAAAUCUGAAGAGAAAGAAUGCUAAGAUGUCUUCAGGCAUUAAAGAGAAAAGGCAACGUCUGAUUGAAGUCCAAGAUGAACUGCUUCGGUUAGAACCACAACUGGAACAGCUACAGACAAAGUAUGAUGAACUGAAGGAGAGAAAAUCUUCCCUGAAGACGGCAGCACAUUUCUUAUCUAAUUUAAAGCAGCUUCAUCAGGAUUAUUCAGAUGUUCAAGAAAAAGAACCAGAAGCCACGGAAACGUAUGAUUCGUCCAGCCUUCCAGCUUUGUUAUUAAAGUCAAGAGGCAUUUUGGGAGCUGAAAAUCAUCUGCGAAAUAUCAACCAUCAAUUAGAGAAGCUUCUUAGCCAGGAAUGA